UCUGUUAUGAAAUAAUAUUUCACACCAAAAAUUAAUCUUGUAAAGAAGAUCAUGUUUCGAGCAAUUAAGAACUAUCAUCACCCUCUUCGAUUGAUUCGCUUGGGUUUGAAGAGAAAUACAUGGGAAUAUCGAUCACUUGAGAACGGAGAGCUAUUAGUGAGAGGAUUUAGAGGAAGGAGCUCGAUCUUCUCAAGUCGUGUGAGUACCGGUACCGGUUCAAGUUCAUCGUCAUGUGUUUGCUUCCGAAGCCCGAAAUUGAGCGACGGGGACGAGGCGGCAAGAUGCAUCAUUCCAAGAAGGAUGUCUUCCGCUGCAAGCAUACCUGCUAUAUGGAGAAAAUUCAUGACAAAAUUCCAGGAAACAAGGACUCAACAUGAUGGCCUUGCCAGGUUUUUCAUCAACAGUGACAUCAGCUAUGGAGAAUUCAACAAAUUUGGAAGAUUCAAUCCAUGGUGUAUGCUUGACCACUUUGAAGCCAGCAUCCAUCUCUUCCAGACUGAAUUGCCAGAUUCCGAGCAUCUCUCAUUGUUUGCCCGCAACAUUGAGGUCAAUUUCAAAGAGGGCGCCGAAGUGAGAAUUCAAUUCGAGCAAGCUCUCAUGUUCAAAAUCUGCCUGACAUACUUGGGGAAGAGUACAGUGUGUUGGGAAGCACAGUGCUUGGAUGUGGAAACCGACGAGGAGCUGGCAAACUACUCAAUUCAGAUGGUCACUGUGGACAUGAAUGAGCGAAAGCCAACACCAGCUGCAAACCUUUUCAAGGAGUUCUGUCCACAGAACCUGCGAGAAUUUCCGCCAAAGGCAUUCGAUCUAGAGUUCAAACCAGAGCAAACAUUCCAGCAUGAGUUUGUUGUCAACUGGAGCGAUACAGACUUUAAUUCUCACUUAAAUCAAGCUGAUAUGUGUCGGAUGUGCGUUGACUGUGGUAGCUUUGCUGCUGUGGAGAAUCGACUAUCAGCCUUCCAUCGAGAGUUGGUUACUUACGAUCAAAAGCGAUGUUCGUUCUUGUUCCUGAAGGAUGCACGACCCGGAGACAGAGUCCUUGUUGAGUGCUGGGAAUCUGAAGAUAAUCCUCUUGUAUUGAACUUUGCAUUUUCUAAGGAGAAUGAAGUGAUCACCAUGAUACAAAUGGAAUAUUUCUCAGGUGAUAUUGCUGCUUAGUUGUAAUAUUUACCAUUGUUGAUUAAUGAGCUCAAGAAAUACAUUUUAUAGCUUCUAUGAAAUUAAAUUUCAAUCAACAAAGUGGGACUUUGGAAAGAAUGUGAACUUAAAAUGUGAAAUUAGAAGUGAAUCAAACGAUUCUAAGUGCUGUACCGACCCAGUCAGCAUAUUAUGUUCAAAAUUAGAUGUUAUCAUUUAGAAUUUCAUUUAUUUGUUAGGUAAUUCAUGAAUUUAGGAACAAUCCUCCAAAACUUAUUUGGGAAAUACUGUGUGCAAUCAUUUAUCUUACCUACACGAGGCUACAUGUAUUCAUCAACUAAAGAUCAGUCUCCUAGAUCUAACUCAACAAUUAUAUUCUUUUUAAUUUAAAGACUAUCGUGAGAAAAAAAAAUCAGGAAAUUACGUUUUUCAUGUUUCAUGAUGGUGGAUCAGUGCCUGCCUCUUGAACAGGAGAUUAUGGGUCUGGGCCCGUUUCUCAACACUGUCAUAAGUCUAACUUCUUGACUAAAUCGGAGAUAGUGAGCUACUUGUCCUCUAACCCGUUUCACGAAGCCCUCUUUGCCAAGAUAGGAUACAACAACCUCACUAAAUAUUUAGGAUACAUCCAAACCUGCCAUAACUUCUUUCUUAAUGACGUAGUGGCAUCACGUGGGAAAACUAUGACAUGCAAA